CAGCAUCGACUCGCGUUCGCCGGCCCGACCGGCAUGACCGUGUCGUGGUCCACGUUCAACAAGCAGGACUCGCCGACCGUCUUGUACGGCACCUCGCCCGACAAGCUCGACCAGUCCGCGAGCUCGAACCUGUCGUCGACCUACCCAACCUCGCGCACCUACAACAACCACGUCAAGCUCGAGGGCCUCAAGCCCGGCACGCUGUACUACUACAAGGUGACGGGCACCAACGGCUACGAGGCCGCCUACCUCCCGACGUUCAAGUUCCGCACGGCGAGGCCGGCGGGCGACGACGAGAGCUUCACGAUCGCGACGUUCGCCGACCUCGGGCUCAUGGGUGAGGACGGGCUUUCGACGGCGACUGGGCCGUUCGGCGGCUCGGCGCACGCAACGCUCGAGCCGGGCGAGACCAACACGAUCCAGUCGAUGCUCGCCCUCGCCGACACGUACGAGUUCGCCGUCCACGUCGGCGAUGUCGGCUACGCCGACUAUGCCCUCAAGGAGUUUGUCCAGGGCCUGUGGGGCUCGGACAACGCCACGACGCAGCCGUCGCGUCAAGAUUGCAUGAGCGAGCAGUUCUUCGACCAGAUGCGCCCCAUCACGGCCGAGAAGCCCUGGAUGGUGUCGCCCGGCAACCACGAGGCCAACUGCGACAAUGGCGGCGUCACGGACAAGCGCGCCAACAUCACGUACACGGACGACUGGUGCCUCCCCGGACAGACCAACUUCACCUGGUUCGGCGAGCACUUCAAGAUGCCCUCGUACGAGAGCGCAGGACGCGGCAACUUCUGGUACAGCUACGACAACGGCAUGGUCCACUUCGUGUCGCUCACCGCCGAGACGGACCUCGGCAACGGCCUCGUCGGGCCCAUCGAGAACUCGACCAACAACGUCAACGGGCCGUUCGGCUCGUACCAGAACGAGCAGGUCGACUGGCUCAAGAACGACCUCGCGUCGGUCAACCGCACGGCGACGCCCUGGGUCGUCGCCUCCCUCCACCGCCCGUGGCUCACCAACGUCGAGCCCGACGGUCUCGACUACCCGGCAUGGCAGCAGGCCUUCGAGACGAUCCUCUACGACGGUGAGGUCGACCUCGUCCAGCACGGCCACGUCCACACGACCGAGCUCUUCCAGCCACAGUACAACGGCACCCUGGACGAGCGCGGUCUCGACAACCCUCGUGCUCCUCUCAUACUCGUCAACGGUGCUGCGGGUCACUACGACGGUCUCGACGAGUUCCCGAGCGACGAGCGCGUCAACGGGACUCUCUACGCGAACGACUCCGAGUUCACGUGGGGGCGCUUGACGUUCCACAACCGCACGCACAUGACCUACGAGCUCGUCGCCUCGCGCAACUCGAGCGUCAUCGAGCACUGGACCUUGGUCAAGCAGCACGAGCUGGAGAAGAAGGGCGGCGAGCGUGGCAGGUGGUGCGGCAAGCUCAAGUGCUGAGGCCGGCCGACGGCAAGCGCACUGCAGAUCCUUGUCGUAGAUGUGGCUGGCCGCAGUGCA